GUCCUUUCUCACAACUUGUGCACAGUGUUAAAUGUUCCCCAUGAUCCAGUGGCCUUGGAAGAGCACUUCAGGGAUGAUGAUGAAGGACCAGUUUCCAAUCAGGGUUACAUGCCUUAUCUAAACAAAUUCAUCUUGGAAAAGGUUCAAGGAAACUUUGACAAAGUUGAAUUCAACAGGAUGUGCUGGACUCUCUGCGCUAAAAAGAACCUCUCUAAAAGUCCUUUGAUGAUUAGUGAUGAAGAUGCAUUUAAAGUAUGGGUUAUUUUUAACUUCUUAUCAGAGGACAAAUACCCUUUAAUCAUUGUACCUGAGGAGAUUGAAUAUUUACUAAAAAAACUCACCGAAGCAAUGGGAGCAGGCUGGCAGCAAGAGCAGUUUGACCAUUAUAAGAUUGCUCUGAACACCAGUCGAGAAGGUCUUUCUGCAUGGGAACUGAUUGAUCUCAUUGGAAGUGGGCAGUUCAGUAAAGGAAUGGACCGACAGACAGUGUCCAUGGCAAUCAAUGAAGUCUUUAAUGAGCUCAUAUUGGAUGUACUCAAACAGGGCUAUAUGUUGAAAAAAGGUCACAAAAGGAAAAAUUGGACGGAACGAUGGUUUGUGCUAAAACCUAAUAUUAUUUCCUACUAUGUAAGUGAAGAUUUAAAGGACAAGAAGGGAGACAUCAUACUGGAUGGCAACUGUUGUGUAGAGGCCUUGCCUGACAAAGACGGAAAGAAAUGCCUUUUUCUCAUAAAAUGUCUUGAUAAAAGCUUUGAGAUCAGUGCCUCUGAUAAAAAGAAGAAGCAGGAGUGGAUUCAAGCCAUACAGACCACUGUAAACCUGCUGAGAGCGGGGAGCCCUCCACCCCAUAAAGAAGCACGCCAAAAACGAAAAGAAUUGCGCCAGAAGCUGUUAGCUGAGCAAGAAGAGCUGGAGCGGCAGAUGAAAGAACUGCAAACUGCCAAUGAGAACAAACAGAAGGAACUGGAGACCGUGCGAAAGCAACUGGAAGCAGCAGCUGCUCGUGCUGCUGAGGAAGAGAAGAAAAGACUUCAGACUCAAGUCGAAUUACAAGAUCGCUUCAGUUUGGAGCUGGAGAGAGAAAAAAUGGUAAGACAAAAAAUGGAAGAGCAGGUUGCUCAGAAAUCAUCUGAACUGGAACAGUAUUUGCAGAGAGUACGUGAACUGGAAGAAAUGUAUAAACAGCUACAGGAAGCUUUGGAGGAUGAGAAACAGGCACGUCAAGAUGAAGAGACUGUAAGGAAGCUUCAAGCCAGAUUACUGGAAGAGGAGUCAGCAAAGAGAGCUGAACUGGAAAAAUGGCACUUGCAGCAGCAACAGACCAUUCAGAUGACAGAAGCAGAGAAGCAAGAGCUGGAAAACCAGAGAAUGAUAAAGGAACGGGCUCUUCAAGUUGCUAUGAAGCAACUGGAGCAACUUGAACAGGAGAGGAAGGAGGCCCUUGAGCAAUAUGAGGAGGUUAAGAAGAAGUUGGAAAUGGCAGCUAAUAACACCAAGAGUUGGAAAGAUAAAGUAGCUCAUCAUGAGGGGUUAAUUCGACUAAUAGAGCCAGGCUCCAAGAAUCCUCACCUAAUCACAAACUGGGGCCCGGCCGCCUUCACUGAAGCUGAACUCGAGCAAAGACAAAAGAGCUGGAAAGGGAAAAAAGCCACUUCUGAGUAACGGCAGUUGCCAACGUAUCGUUUGUGAAUAGAAGCCCACCCUCCUUCAUUCUGCUUUGCACAGAGAGCAGCUUCUCGCUUAUAAAGAUCUUAGUUUGCUCAGUAGGUUGGGCCUUUCUACAAAGGAAAUACUGUUUACCACAUAGGAGUGUGCACUCAGAGCUCAGUAAUUACAAUAUGUGGUGUCUGACAGUACUUGGUGUUUUCCCUCACAUUUCCAGAAAUUAUAUUCUUUUUUACAAAACUUUUCAACUGAACAAUUUUGUUUAAAUGUAGCUUGUGACAGAGUUGUUUCUAUACUAGCCUGUAACAAUCUGACAGCAUCUAACUGAUCAAGCAGCAUCACUUUCAUUCCAAAAAGUGAGGGAAGCAAUUG